CUGGGGCACUGGGCUCUCGGCCUGGUCUACAGCCCUGCAUCCCGAACCCGCGCGUCCCAAGCCCUGAGCAUCCCUGGGCCUGUCACCUCCGUACUGCAUCAGGUCCAGUCUGAGAUGAGGUGGGGGCGCUCGUCUUUGACAUUGGCUCUUUCUCAGUCCGAGCUGGGUACGCUGGGGAGGACUGCCCCAAGGUGAGCCUUCCAGUCCCCUCCCCAAAUCCCAGGGGCUCGGACACCCUCUGCCAGGCGGGUCGGCCUAUGAACAAAUGUGCACAGGUCAAUCCAAGUAGCUCACCUGAGUGGAGACAGGGGAAGAACCCCGGGGGUGGCUGAGGGCCUUGAGUGCAAUUGAACCAGGGACUAGCAGGGAUGAUCCAGCUGGGCAGGGUAGUGCUUUCCUUUAAUCCCAUCACUCUGGACGCAGAGACAUGCAGAUCUCUGUAAGUUCAAGUCCAGCCUGGUCUACAGCGACAGUUCCAGGCCAGCCAGAGGUUCACAGUGAGAGCCUGUCUCCAAAAAAGAAGGGAAUAAUCUAGCUCCCUGCUCAUGCUCCUUGUAACCAGGCUGACUUCCCCACCACUGUGGGGCUGCUGGCCGCAGAAGAGGGGGGCGGGCUGGAGCUGGAGGGGGAGAAAGAGAAGAAAGGGAAGAUUUUCCACAUCGACACCAAUGCCCUGCACGUGCCUCGGGAUGGAGCGGAGGUCAUGUCGCCCCUCAAGAAUGGCAUGAUUGAGGACUGGGAGUGCUUCCGAGCCAUCCUGGAUCAUACCUACAGCAAACAUGUCAAGUCCGAGCCAAACCUGCACCCAGUACUCAUGUCGGAGGCUCCGUGGAACACUCGGGCCAAGCGGGAGAAGCUGACAGAGCUGAUGUUCGAGCAGUACAACAUUCCUGCCUUCUUCUUAUGCAAGACGGCCGUGCUCACAGCCUUUGCAAAUGGACGCUCCACAGGCCUGGUGCUGGACAGUGGGGCCACCCACACUACAGCCAUCCCAGUCCAUGAUGGCUAUGUCCUACAGCAAGGCAUCGUCAAGUCCCCCCUGGCAGGGGACUUCAUCUCCAUGCAGUGUCGGGAGCUCUUCCAGGAAAUGGCUAUUGAUAUCAUUCCUCCUUACAUGAUUGCAGCCAAGGAGCCUGUACGGGAGGGAGCCCCCCCAAACUGGAAGAAGAAGGAGAAGCUACCCCAAGUCUCCAAGUCUUGGCAUAACUACAUGUGUAACGAGGUGAUCCAAGACUUCCAGGCCUCCGUACUGCAGGUGUCUGAUUCCCCUUACGAUGAACAGGUAGCUGCACAAAUGCCCACUGUGCAUUAUGAAAUGCCCAAUGGCUACAACACAGACUACGGUGCUGAGCGACUUCGAAUCCCUGAGGGCCUGUUUGAUCCCUCUAAUGUCAAGGGCCUGUCCGGGAAUACCAUGCUAGGAGUGGGUCACGUGGUCACCACCAGCAUCGGCAUGUGUGACAUUGACAUUCGCCCGGGUCUCUAUGGCAGUGUCAUUGUCACUGGCGGCAACACUCUGCUUCAGGGGUUCACAGACAGACUUAAUCGGGAGCUUUCUCAGAAGACCCCACCGAGUAUGCGUCUUAAGCUCAUCGCCAGCAACAGCACCAUGGAACGCAAGUUCAGCCCCUGGAUUGGAGGCUCCAUCUUGGCCUCACUGGGCACAUUCCAGCAGAUGUGGAUCUCCAAACAGGAAUACGAGGAGGGAGGGAAGCAGUGCGUGGAGCGGAAGUGCCCCUGAAGUUGCCCCCCCCCAAAUACCCACCCACCCCACCCACAGAGAAACGCCAGAGGGGCGUUCUACCAGCCAGAAAUCCAAAAGCGCUGAACCCUCCAUUUCCCAUUGCCCUCUUCUCUCUUACCUACAUCUUCUUAG